AGUAAUAGUUGUUGUGAAUGGGGAUGUGCAGUCUGAAGAGGAGACUUCAGGAGGACGCUGCUGCUCAUGAAUGGAUUCAGACUGCAGACAGACAGACAAGAGAAGCGGUUUGUUAAACAAGAGUUAAACACAGAAGAAGAAAACAACAUCCACGUUUAAUGAGAUGAAUCUGACUGAAUAUUUUAUGACUCAGAGACAACAGAGAAGCUCUUCAUACGACAUGGAAAACGGCUGUGAGACUGGGAGACCCUAGCGAGGAAAAGAGGGAAAAGGGAAAACAGCGAGGAACCAUCUGUGGUUGGUUAACAGAAAAAGGCUCCUUGAUCCUGCAAUGCCAGAAGAAACUAAUGAGGACGCCAUGAGAACGCCAGCGACCCCAGAGAAGGCCAACAACAACGAGAACCCAGCAGCAGCAGCCACCACGGUGAACAUCCCCCUGGUCAAUGAGAUCCAGCUGACUGCAGCCACCGGCGGGGCGGAGCUGUCCUGCUAUCGCUGCACUGUCCCGUUUGGCGUGGUGGUCCUCAUCGCCGGCAUCGUGGUCACCGCCGUGGCUUACAGCUUCAACUCGCACGGAUCCACCAUCUCUUACUUCGGCCUGGUGCUGCUGUCGGCCGGACUGGUGCUCUUAGCGUCCAGCGUCGUCUGCUGGAAGAUGAGACUGGAGAGGAAGAAGGAGAGGCGACGGGAGAGCCAAACCGCCCUGGUCGCGAACCAGAGGAGUAUUUUUACUUGAACUAGUUGGACAACAGGAGUCUGAAAAAGAUUUCAGAUUUUUGAGAGAACCAGCUGCGGACAGAUGUUGUCCAGCAUGUGUUGAACAUGUAAAAGCUUUGACCGCAGACUCCCUAGGCCCAGAACGUAAAGCUUUGAACACAUUGUGAGGGAUUUAUUUGUCAAACGGACGUGCAGCAUCUGGCGAGCUGGGAACGCCGCCAGAAGGAAUGUAUCACAAUUAAGAUGAAUUACCACUGUGCGAAGCCAUGUAGAGGAAGUCUCCCAUUAAUCUGCUGUUGGAUGUGGCGGCUUUGAUUGUAAUGGGAGGGAUUGUGGUUUGAAAGGCCCAGGAGAGGAGAGCGGGAAACACAGGACAAUGAUUCAUGCCUCAUUUACAACACGUCAUCUCAGCGAUCAUCUCAUGGGGAAUGAUUAUGGUACUCGAUGGGAGGAUUUUCUUUAAAAUCUGCCAAUAUAUUCUAUGUCAUAUGGCACAUGAUAUUAGAGAGAAUAUUUAACCUUAUAUAUGUAUUCUCUUAAAGCACUUUGAUUAUCAUAAUCAUCAUAAUCAGUAUUAAACAACGUUUAUUAACUAAUUAAAUAAGUGAUACCUCCAGAGUAGUUUUGCCUGUUUUUGGCAAAUUUGGGACAUCAAAAUGAAUAUUGUGUUGGGUCACUUAUUGUCUUCCAUACUGUAAAGAAAUAUUAAACGUAGCAUAUGUUUUGUUUCCAUGUAAUCAUUUUGCAUGUAUUGGCUGUUAGCAGGACGUCAUGAGGUGUAAUAAACUCGUUGAUACACAAACAUGCAACAGUCGGAAAGAAUGAGGGUCAAUGAUUAUUAGAACCUGAUCGAUACUGAUAUUCAAGGGUUAAUGGAAUGGUUCAGCAUUUUGUGACAUACGCGUAUUUGGUAUUUGGAGUGAGAUGAGAAGAUUAACACGACUCUAAUGUCUGAGGUUGAUAUCAAUGUUCUCAUUUUACUCUUGGAAAGAAAGCGAAUAAGCCUUUUUCCCAAAAAUGUUCAGCUGUUCCUUUUUAACAUUUGACGAUAUAUGUGUCAACAUCUGACAGAUACAUAACCUUUUUGCACAUAACUAUAUAAAUAAACAUUUUUGAUGAAGA